AUGAAAGUCAUAGCAGUCGCUGGCGGAACCGGAAGUGUCGGAAGCACCAUUGUCGAUGGCCUUGUCGAGUAUGGGAAUCAUAAAGAACGGCCUUCAACAGGCGCAGUGAACUACCUCAAGGUAGACUAUAGCGAUAUCGAUGCUACUACCAAAGCACUCGAGGAAGCCAACGUCAACACCGUCAUCUGCGCCAUCGCUGUUAUUUCGCCUGAGUCAAACCAGGCCCAGAAGAACUUGAUCCAAGCAGCUGCGCAGUCACGUCCCACCAAGCGAUUUGUGAUCAGUAGCUUCGAUGCGCUCCACAUGAAAGAGGACGUUGAAAUUGCUCCCUGGUGGGGAUAUACUUUCGAAGCGAUUGACAUGCUCGAAAAGACAAGUCUUGUGUACACCCGCAUCGCCAAUGGCUGGUUUCUCGAUUACUACGGCAUGCCCCACUGGAAAACCAAUCUUGAGCCAUGGCUAAAUGUUCUCAACAUGGAGUCAAAGUGGGCAGCCAUUCCCGGCGAUGGGGGUGUCCAAGCAAGCUUUGUCACCUCUCAAGACAUGUCCAGAUUCGUAGCUCGGCUAAUGGACGCUGAUAAAUGGGAUCAGAUUAGCGCCAUUCGAGGUGUAACACUUUCUUUGGAUGAGCUACUACAAAUGGCCGAGAAAGCUCGAGGCAAGUUGUUCACCACUGAGCUGGAAUCAUCUUAUUAA